AUGCCCAUAUCCCACGAUUACCUCACAGGCCCAGCUCUCGAAAAUCUGUCGGGCUACCUCGAGGAUCCUUUUCCAUCUCUACCUCGCGCAACAGCUGAUCAACAAAAGUCCCAAAGCACGAAGCCAAAGAAAAGCACACAACAAGAGACAACGACCCCAGCAGCACAUCAACCUUUCUCACUAGAUAAGCAGACCCAACUGGAGCAAUUGAAGCACAGCAAUCUACAGUUGCAGUUGGAGCUUACAAGGACGCAGUUAGAGCUGGCGAAGCUAAGCCCAAACGUUAAACCCUCGCAAGCUAUCAGUUCGAUGAAGCCAGAAGUGCUGUCACCUCUUGACAAUAUUCUUGCCUCCACGCCUUUUAGACCACCAACCCAAGAAGUAUUCCAGAGGGUGGCAGUGUCCCAACUCUCAAAGAUUUGCGGACCAAAGACAAAAAAGAGCGCAAACAUCUUUCCUUAUUGCCUAAUGAUUACCUUUUCUCCGCAAAAGGUAAGAUAGACUGCGACAACCUUGAGAUUUCGGAGUUUGUGGGUGGCUUUCUCGAAUUCUUAAAUAGUCAGCCAGAGUCCGCGCAACAGCGCUAUUUAGCGUACGUCAAGCUGCUCAUGGAGCGUGCUGCCACAUAUUCAUGGAACAGCAUACGGAAUGUCCAUAUCUCCAUCAAUACAGUGGUUGAAGCGGGACGUUUGUCUCCAACAAUUUGA